AUGUCUGACCCCGCUCCGCACGUCCCCGUCUACACCAACGUCGCAAACGAUAAAUCUACAUUCAACAAUGUGAAAGGUUCUCAAUUCGUGAACCAUGUCACUGGUGAGUGCCUUCGUCUACAGAACAUUGAGCCGACUGAGCGGCCCUCGGAUGUAGUCGAUCUCGAAGGCAUUCGUCGCCACGUCGAGGAGUCUUCGAGAGUUGUGCAGGACCUAAGAGAAAAGGCGAAGGAUCGGGACACGCAUUCUCACCUAAGCGUAUACAGAGCGCUGUCGGUGCACCCCGCCCUUUCUGCCAUGCAGCCUCCUACAGAUAUACUUGGGGAUCUCGAUUGGUACCAAGAACUCAACAGUUCUCUCCCUUCCUUUGGUGGCAUUUUCAAGUCGUUGAAGCAGAACUCUCACUUCAAGCGCGCAUCGACUCUAGGAGAAGAAGGAACGCGGGCUCGUAUCAUGCUACUCUUGUUAUGGGUAGUUGGACAUCGGCUUCCUUUGGAUAAGGUCCGCCAGUUGGUGUCUACGGCCAUUGACAAUGGUAUGAGCGUUCUGAGAUCGCGGGCCAAAGGGAAUGGGGAGCCGUUGCUGGGAUUGUAUCAAGUCCAGGGCGUGGUGGAACAACUCGCGAGGAUGAUCAAGACCCGUUUGCCUCUGGGGAAGGAAAGCAACCCGUUCUACGGACAUGAUUUCACGGCUGAUGAUGAAGACAAAGCGAUGCCUAGAGAUGAGCUUUGGGUGUACGAUGAUACGCCGGGCAAAGGAUUACCGGCUACCAUGCGCUAUGAAUUCGACGUCAAACGGAAUCCCGUGGUAUUACUUCGCCCACUCCAAGAUCGCGUCCUGGUGCCACAAACGAAAUUAUCACUACUCAUGAUACAGUGGUUGACACGAAAUUUCGGCUUGGGCAAGAAAGUGUUCUCUCCAUUCGAAAUUGACACCCAAGCGUUCUGGAAUGCGGAUCCACCAUCGCCCAACACUGUCGCCUCAGGCUCGGAGUUUGACAUGGACGCCUUGGACGUAGAUGAACCGCAGACGAUAUUCGACGCUUUCCAGGAUCUCCCACUUGAGGAAUGGGUCCACCUUAGGUUUUGCCGAAGCUACCACGUCCAUCACUGGGCACACGAUAUAUUCGUCCGCACCAUACUAUUCAGUGCAUACUGUGGUCGCUGUGCACUCCCUUCCUCUCAUGAAAUAUCGCAGUCCAUCGCCACGGCCGCUUAUUUUCGUACACGCCUGCUGCAGGAUAUAGUGGAUGAAAUUCAAAUGCACCUCAUGAUUGGGGGUAUGGAAAUCUGGACCGAUGUGGGGGGUGAAAAAUGGGAGGAGCCGUUUCGGGACAUGACGAAAGAAGACCGUGGUUUGAUGGCCAUCUUCUCUGAUGUAGCGAAUGAGUUUCUUCUUCCUACUAUAUCUUUACCUAAGGGGCCGCCAGCCUUCAUGGAAGUCUUCUCCUUUCUCAUCGACCCUGCGUUAGACUGCCCUGGCGAGCCUGAUAUUGUCGAGAUUACACGAUACCUAGAGGAAGGCGCCGUUUCCUCUCCCGAAAACGUCGAAGACGGAGGGGGUGCUUUCCAGAUUCCCAUCCUCGAUCCAACUACGUGCAGUUGCAGUAGAUGCGUGAGCGUGCACAAUCAGAUUACGGCCGAACAUAUGGAGAAUUCUCAGAUGAAGUACAUCGCGUGGAUGAACGACGAAAAGGGCCGAGAUGGAUGUGACGCGCUAGCGGAUGCUUGGGAGCCAGUUGUCCAAGCCGCGGAAGAAUGGGUCGAUGAACAUAUUCUUGAAAAGGUGGAGUCACCUCUAGGCAUCUUUCCUUACUCUCCAGACCGGCGACUUGGCAUAGCCAUUGUCCAUGUUCUCGCUAACAUGGAGCUGAAGCUAAAUACACUCUUGCGCGGGGUCGAUCUUCUACGAUUCGUUACUGAUUUGCGAUACUCUCACAUUCACCCGGAUUCCUUCCUCGGCAAAAAAGGGUCUCUGGAUAACGAGGCCGAGCUGCUGGGCUUUGUCAUUCCCGCUGAAGACAAUGCCGAUUAUGCAACGGAGCCAUCAUACUAUACAGAUGACAGUGACGAUGAGUUCGAAGUAGACCAGGGUCAGGCGACACUAUGCGUAUCGGGAGGCUGGCUCUACAAUCUUGCAUCUAGUCAACGAGAUGAAGUUGAUGUAGUCCAUGUCAUUCCGGAAUCCCGUUCGUUGAGAAUCCAGAUUCUCUCGACGAUAUAUCCUGCGCCUCGAGCUGUGCACAUGCCUCGCAUGAUGGCGGUACCACCAGUGAUAAUCCCCCAUUCGCAUAUGCUUCUAGAUGCUCCAGAUACCCCAGAUACCUCCCUACCAGUAGCAAUAGCCGCUUGCGAUCCAAUCGUCUCGAUUGAGCUCAGCGACAUCGCCGCGCACGGAUUUCCUGCAGUUAAGGCCGCAGGGAGCGAACCUGGAAACGAGAUCCACCGCGAGGGUUAUUCUGCGCAGAUGUCCGUGAUAUACCAAAAUCGACUCUUCCGAACGUGGUGGAGACCUGACGUGGUAGUUGGACAACCCUGCACACACAAGGCAGAAUAUCACCGCAUGACGUGUUGUUCGAUGACGAGCAAUCAGAUACUACUGCAAGUCCCACCUAUGAACUGCUGUCCACCUCUGCCCGUCAACAAGAGUGAUUACCCUGCGCCGGGUAUUUUCCUCGAUUCGCCUGAUGACUCCGCGGUUCGCAAACAGUAUGACGAGUACCAGAAAUUUGCCACUUCAAGACUCACAGAGCGUGACGGCGCACUCGAGGCCGGGCACAUGUGCAUUGUCAGAUGCAGUGAGUCAGGCAGUGAAGAUUCUGAGGGUCCCGCCGACCCUCUGAUCAUUCUUGCUGCAUCACUGAGAUUGAGGGUCUAUAUCGUGAGCACACGAGAGUGUUGUCUCUGUGCUUGCGAGCGGAUGAGAGUACAGAACUGCUCCGUAGGGAUGGUGAUGGUCUCUUCGCAUCGAGAAAGUCGGGCUGUCACUAAAUGCGGGCACUGUAUUUUCGCUGAUGAACGUGCCGACCAAAUAAUCAAGAGAUAUACAGAUUAA